GAGAGGGAAGAGGGCACGCGGCCUAAGGCGGUCUGCGGCUGCCCUUCUGAGGGCGGCUUCGUUGGCUUCGGGAAGAUGGCGUCGGGCUGAGUGGCGGUUUGAAUUCCGAGCCCGCCGCCAAAGUCGGGAGCAGAGCAGCCCGUGCCACCGGCGGAGGAGCCGCAGCCGCCCGCUCUCGUCCCCUCUCUCUCUCCCUCCGCCAUGGACUCCCUCCCGGCGGAGGACCCCACCUUGCCCUUGGGCUUCAACGGCAGUGUCAACUUUUCCCAACUUCCAGAUGUCUCUGGAGACGAGAUUCGCAUUCAUCUGGGAAGUGGAGGAGGAGGAGGGUUGCCAGAUGUGGCGGAAGACACCGUGUCACCCACCAGAGCGCGGUCAAUGAAGGACUUUGAAAAUCAAAUCAUCGAGCUGCGGAAAGAGAACUUCAACCUUAAACUGCGCAUAUAUUUCCUGGAGGAACGCAUCCAGCAGAAGUUUGAUGGCCCCAUCGAAGACAUCUACCGAAUUAACAUCGAACUGAAAGUCGAACUGGAAAGCUUGAAACAAGAACUGCAGGAGCGUGAACGGUUGCUUGUCAAGGCUUCGAAGGCAGUGGAAAGCUUGGCUCAAGGCGGCGAUGCCGAGAUCCAGCGCCUGAAGGAGGAAUCUCAUAAGAAAGUCCUGGAAGUGGAAGAGAGCUUGACUAGCAGGAUCAACCUUUUGGAAGAAGAUCUUAAAAUGGCGCAGGAGGAAGCGGAGAAGGCCUUUGCGGCGACGGAGCGGGAAAGGGUCCUGAGGCUAGCCGCCGAGCAACAGCUCUCUUUGAUGUCGAACAUGCAGCCGAGGGACCAGGAUGUGAUGGCGGCUCUCGAAGAGAAGGACAGGCGUAUAGAGCAGCUGAGCUUGUCCCUGAAAAAUCAAGAAGCCCUGAUCCAGAGCCUGGAAGAGGCCGCGUCCCAGAGGCAGUCGGCGGAGGAGAGAUUGCCAGCGGAAAAAAUCCAAGGCCUUUCAGCGGCUUUGAUGCGAGAGAAAGAGCAGGAACCAGAGGCUCUCGGCCCAGAAUUCAGCAGUGAGAAAGCCGACUUGGAGAAAAAGAUUCAGUCCCUUCAGGAGGAACUUUGCGAACGUGAGACUGAACUUUCUGUCGAGAGGAAAAACGCUCUGAAACGCGACAAAACGAUCCAAGGAUUAACUCUUGCUUUAAAAACCAAGGAAAACGAGAACGAAGAACUCGGUUCUGAAAUUGAAGGUUUGACUGCGUCGUUGGCCAAAGCCAGAGAGACCAACCAUAAAGUUCAGAUGCAGAAAUUCAAGGGUGCCGAAGACUCUCACGCCAUCUUGCUGGAGAAAGAAAGCCUCCUGGCUGACUUGCGGUCUGAAAACCUGACCAAAGACACAGAGAACCGCAAGCUCCAAAGGCGGGUCAAGAGGACUGAACAAGAGCUGAGCGAUUUGCGUCUUGAGAGGGAGAAGCUGGUGAAGGAGCUGGAGGAAGCCCAGCUGCAGAGGAGCAGAAGCGACAAGACCAUCAACGAUCUUAGAAACCAGCUAGAGAAAACUCAGGAUGAAAUGAUUGAAAAAGAGAAGGCGGUGGAGCGUCGUUUCAGUGUCCUCCUGAGCGAAGGCAAUCAGAAAUUGCAGAGCCAGGAAUUGGCCAUCUCACGCCUCACAGGCAGCGUCGCCCAGAAGGAGGAGUUGCUCCAGAAACUCGAAGCAGUGGUUCAAGAAAAGGAUGCAGAGCUUCAGGAAUGGUCUGUGAAGCUUCAAACCCUUUCAAAAGACUACGAAGCUCUUCGAAAGCAGAAUGAAGACUUGGUCAAGGAGAAUUCUGCUGCCUUGGCUCAACAGCAUGCCGUUACACUGUCCGAAGAGUUGGAGAAAACAAAGGAAUCUGAAUACGCUGACAUGCUCGAAGCCCUCAGGAAGGAGCGUGACAUUUUUUCGACUCUGAUCAAGUCCUUGAAGGAGGCGGAUGGCAUAAAUAACCUGCAGGAGGAGAUGAGUAACAUCCUCGAGUUGCGGAAACAGCUGGAAGAGAACGUUUUCGCGGCCUGGAAUUUGCGGAAAGCCCUGGAGGAUCAGAUCAAGGCCAACCGGAAGGAAGAGGAAACACUGUCAUGUUGGAGCGACCAGACCUCUUACAUGAGCUUUUGCUUAAGAGGACGGGACCAUUUGGACUUGCAGAUAGACCACCUCUCCGUGGAAGAGCUGAAGAAAAAGAUUGUCGAACUCUUCUCAGUGGUGAAGGAGCUGCAUUUAGAGAUCCAAGACCUUCGAAGGAAGCAGCUGGACUACUCCCCGUCUGGUUCCCUGGAAAAGGAGAGUCAGAGGCUGUUGGACAACAGUGAGUUUCUGGAAAGCCCGGAAGCCAGCCGGACUCUGACCGAAGGUUUUGACGACGAGACAAGUCAGGGCCCCGAGAUGGUCGGCGAGGUAAUUCCGUCUGACUAUCCGGAUAGACAGGGUAGGAAUCUAAAUAAGUCCGGGCUCAAAGAUGAGCCGGCUGACGGCGCAGACUUCCCUGGUGAUGAAUGUGAAGCUCAAGAGGGGCGUUCGGAAGCUGCGUCUCUUUUCAGUGGAUCGAGCAGACAGGAACAAAUGAAAAUUGCAAAUAAGCCGUUAGAUCAUCUGAACGCAAGCGAGCGGGACGGUUCGAGCGACGAUCUGGAGAAUAAAGAUGAGAAAGAUCUUAAGCGGUUGAUUAUUCAACUGAGAGCCGAACUCAAAGAGCUUGCCCAAGUAAAUAAAUCCCAGGAGCGGCAACUUGAAUCGCAGUCCACUGUGGCUGAAAAAGAAGGGCUUGAUCCCAAACCUGGGCCGCAGAUUAAUACGGAGGCGGAAGCGUCAAAAGUGGAAGUGAAAGACACGGCUACACAAACAGCGGUGGCGGAAGGGAGCGUCGGGAGGCUAAAACAUGAAGGUGGAAUCGCAAGCUGGGACGAUAAAGCGAAAUCUUCCCGAUUGAAUGAAGAACGGCGGCAGAAGAGAGUCUCAACGAAGAGCAAGCAGCUGGAGAAGCCCCUGCGUUUGAGUAAAACGAACAAAAGCGAUCUUUGCCCUUCGUUCAAGAAAUCCCGCUUGCCUGUCCGACUGAAGCCCUCGAAGUCCUUGGGAAGCCUUUCCUCGGGUUCCUUCCCUCUGAAGCCAGACCUGCGUCUCCAGCAUCGCAUGUUCAACCUGGAUGAGGAUCUGAAAGGACAAUGCACACAGCAGCCCCAGCCACUUCCUGAACUACACCCGAGUGAAGCAGAAAGCGGGACGCAAGAUCUGGAUCGAAUGUUAGUUGGAGCCGAAUCGUUGAUUGAUGGCUCUGAAGUGGAUACCAGCUUCAUCAGUAUUGAAAGCAAAGAUGAAGUGUCUGAGAAGGAUCAAAGCACAUGCCAAGCUGAGUCUUCGGGGAAGAUCACUGUUUCCAACGUAGAUGUCAGUUUUGUCAGUGUUGGGAGCCAAGAAGUGUCCAGCAAGCGCCUGAGCACAAGCCUAGAAACUGAAACGAUCAAGAUGGAGCCAGACGUGGCAACUUCGAAAGAGCUCGAUCAAGAGGAAUCCAACCUCUCAAAUAAGCAGGAUGGUGAUAUGGCUACCACUGCAAGUGUGCUCUCCCUCAAGCUGAGUGGCACAACCCUUGAGACGCUUGACUUCGAUGACGUUGAUGACGUCAAGGAACUGAGGCAACGAAUUAAGGAUCUGACGUCCAAACUGGCAAAAUACCAUACGUUGAUGACCUGCUUUUCGGUGCCUGCUGAGCUGCCCCCUCUCAGCAUUCAUUUGAGUGCCGUCCAUAGUCACGAGGACCUGCCCGCUGAAGGUCAGCUUCCUCCAACGCUGGAGGGUGAGAAGCCGGAGUCGCAGGCUUUCUCUGAGGUGCCCCAGAAAGUGGAAUAUGGCGUCCAGGUAGACGAUCUCUCGUCCCGUCUCUUAGAGGAACAGAACGAAGCGAUGGUGGAGAAGCUGAAGGAACUGCUCUCCGAAAAUGAGGCUGAACUUGAGAAGGAGCAGAUUGCCAACAUGCACCUCCUGGACAAAGUAUACCGCCUUCAGAAGAAGCUAAAAGGAGCAUCACUGGAGGAGUCCGUCUCCCCAACCUCCUCCCCGGCGCCUGAGGAGGCCUGUCAGCGCCAGAAAAUGCAACAUCUCCACGACAUCUGUGCCACCUACCGCCAGCACUUGACCAACCUAAUCCGAACUUUUGAGGAGCUUCUUCAGACCAGCGAAGUGGAUUAUUACGUUGCCGAGGGCUUCCGGGAACAGCUCGGCCAAAGCGCCAAGCUGUUUGAGAGGCUGGAACAGCAGUGCCUCUAUGGAGAGUCAAUAGAGGAUGAAAUGACUGAACUUGGUGGCCUGGUACAAAGAUUAUCUGACGUUGAGAUGUCACGAAAACCAUCUUGUCUAGAACCAUCCAGGCAUAAAGAUGAAGAAGCAGCAGCAGCUCAAGUUGAGGGGGAAAAAGUGACUGUUGCACCCAGCCCUUUUCACUCAAAGCUCUUAAUGGAGCAUCUCCAAGAAAUCCGAAUGCUGAGGCGCCAGCUCGAGGAAUCCAUCAAAACCAACGACCGUUUGAGGAAACAGCUUGAGCAACAGGGGUCAGGUUGUGCACCAGACCAAGGUUCGGCAAACGUUUGUAUCCGUGGCGUGGAGCAACAUCAUUCCCUGACUUCUGAAAUUCAUUUCCUGAGAGAGCAAAAUCAGGUCCUAAACGUAAUGCUGGCACAAGGAUCUCGAGACAAACAGAAGGAGAAUGAGAAGUUACGCGAAUCUCUGUCCAAGAAGCAUCUGGCCUUGGAGCAGCUUCAUGCGGACUGUGAACGCCUCAGGAAGGAGAACGAGACACUCCAGAAGGAAGUCAGGAAACGGGAGGAAGAAAACGGCCGCCUGACGGAUGAGGUUUACAGUGUCCGGAACGAAUUGAACAGGGUGCAGAUGGAGCUGAACGCCAACAAGUCCCAGCUCUUGGAGAAUGACGACUUGCUGCAUUCUUUGCGGCUGGAGCUCAGAGUCUACGAGAAGUUGGACGAAGCAACCAGAAGCCAAGCAGAUUGCCGCCGCGACGCAGCCGACGAAUGCCGGAAAGAGCAAAACCAGCCACCAGACUUGCACGAACUCCUGGCGGAAAUACAGAACUUGAGAGCACAGCUUGAAAUGAGCAUCAAGGCAAACAAGAUGUUGCAUGAGAAACUCGAAGAACGGUCUUCAAGCGGAAAGAGAGGGACCGGCAGCUUGGGGUCAGCUGUGAAUAUCAGCUGCCUUUUCCAGCAAGAAUUGCAGCAUUACAUGGGGAUAAACGAAUUGAAGUUCCCCAAUGCAGACAGCAACGUCCUGGAGUUGCAACAGCGGUACGGCGAUUCUAAAGCACCAUUCAAAGCAGAUACGGAGUUGGCUCUGGAAGGUUUGGGCGGCUCCUCUGGCUGCUCCUCCUCCUCCUCCUGCAAGUCCCGUGACCCGUCCCCUUCCUCCCGCCAUUGCGUUUGGGCGGACAGAAACGGGCGCCACGUCCUCGGCCGGGUGGAAGAUCACAACUCGUUGCGGAGGUAUGUCUCGGAAGGGCGGAAGCUGUUGUUGGAGUUGGAGCUCCCUCUGAAAGACCCUUUACUUCAGGAGCCUGGAGUGACGGCGCCUCUGGGCAAGAUUUCAGCGGCCCUUGGUGCCCUCCGGCACAACUUGGAGGAAGCCGCCUGCCUUGUGAAGCUGUACUGGAGAGUCUCUUUGCCCAUGAAGGUGGUCCACAGUGCCGCUUACUCACUUCAGGAUGAAGCCAUGCGAACUGAGUUGCACAAACUCCGUCGGAAGCUGACCGAGCAGGAAAAGAAGCUGCACAGCACUGUCAAGCGCUUGCACUCCACCAACCAACUGAAAGAAAACAUGGAGAGAGUUAUCAUCGAUCAGUUGGCUUUGACUCACGACGUCUUAAAGAAGGCGCGGGGAAAUUUGGAACUCCAGCCAGCUGAAAACAAGCCACCUGCCUUCAGCCUCAGCCAGACCAGGAUCCUGUGAUGACCACGUCUCCUCUCAAUAAAGGCCUUUUUCUUUCCUGCCGAGCCCAA